AUGGUCGCCUUCAAGACCAUUGCUGCGACCUUUCUCGGUCUCGCAGCUAUCGCGCAAGAAACUUGGGCGCAUUCAACACAGCGGAAUCCGCUGAAGUAUGUCACCAUCCUCCAAGAUGCCGCCAUCCACUCGCCUUCACAACAUUGCCACGCCCUCUCCCAUUUCGACCUCACUUUCACACUACACGACAAGCAGCAGCAGGUCCGUUUAUCGUUAGAGCCGAACCACGACAUUUUGGGGGAUAAUUUCGAAGUCAACUAUUUGGCGCCGGAUGGGACGAUUCACAAGACGGAGACGGUAGACCGGUCAGAGCACCGCGUCUUCAGGGGCAAGACUUUUAUUCGGCACGAGGGUCAUUCUGAGUGGACAAACGUCGGCUGGGCGAGAAUCACGAUUCACCGAGACGGCGCCGAACCCAUCUUCGAAGGCGCGUUCCGCAUUGACGGCGAUCCCCACCACAUUCUUACCGGCUCCAACUACCGCCAACGAAAGCACCGCGAAGACCCCGAUGCUCCGGACAGGCGGAAUCCCGACGACUACAUGGUGGUGUGGCGGGACUCGGACAUUCUGGAUUACUGGCUUGACCGGGAGGAUUUGAAGCGCGAUGUGUACGGCCGGACGUCAUGCAACUCGGACAGCUUGGACUUCAACUCCAACUACAAGGUUUUUGACGCACGGGAGGCCGACCCUCUGCAGGCUGUAUCGACCAACUCUCUUUUCGGCGCCAACCUCUUUGGAAGACAGACCGACGGCGGCAGCACCGGUAACAACGGCGCCGGCGUCAAUCUCGUUUCUUCCAUUGGCCAGACGAACGGCUGUCCGACGACGCGCAAGAUCGCAUUGCUUGGUGUCGCCACCGACUGCACCUACACUGCCGCUUUCAACUCCACUCAGGCCGUCAGGUCUAAUAUCAUCCAGGUCAUCAAUGCCGCCUCCGAGGUCUACGAGAGCUCCUUCAACAUCUCACUCGGUAUCCAGAACCUGACUAUCAGCGAUGCGAACUGCCCCGGGCAGGCCAGCUCUUCCGCGCCCUGGAACGUAGCGUGUAGCCCGAGCAUCACUAUCACAGACCGUUUGAGCUUGUUCUCGGCAUGGCGCGGCAACUCCAAGGACACGAACGCUUUCUGGACUCUCCUGAGUACCUGCGGAACCGAUUCCGCCGUUGGCUUGGCUUGGUUGGGACAGGCUUGUAUGAGCGGAUCUCAGGGUUCGGGUGACAGCAGCAAUGAGACGGUUGCGUCCGCCAACGUUGUGAUCCAGACGCCGAGUGAGUGGCAGGUCAUCGCCCACGAAGUUGGCCACACGUUCGGUGCCGUCCACGACUGUACGGCCGACGCCUGCAGCAACGGCGACGCCAACCUGAACAAAUGCUGUCCGUUGAGCUCCAGCACUUGCAACGCCGCCGGGCAGUUCAUCAUGAACCCCUCGACCGCCACUGGUAUCAAGGCCUUCUCACCUUGCAGCAUCGGCAACAUCUGCUCCGGUCUCCUCCGCAACCAGGUCAAGUCGACGUGUCUGACGAAUAACCGCGAUGUGAAAACCAUCCUCGAGAGUCAGUGCGGCAACGGCAUUGUCGAGUCCGGCGAGGACUGCGACUGUGGUGGCGAGUCAGGCUGUGGCAGCAACAGCUGCUGCAACCCCACCACCUGCAAGUUCACCAGCGGCUCGGUCUGCGAUCCCUCCAACGAAGACUGCUGCAACGGCCAGUGCCAGUUCGCCUCCAACGGGACAGUCUGCCGGCAAAGUACCGGGUCUUGCGACCCCGAGGAGACCUGCAGCGGCACUUCAUCCUCUUGUCCUGCCGACAAGCACAAGGACGAUGGAGACUCUUGCGGCAACUCAGGCCAGGGCUUGACUUGCGCCUCGGGCCAAUGCACCUCCCGUGAUCAACAAUGCAAGACGGCAUGGGGAGCUCGGACCAACGCCAGCUCGGUCACCGCCUGCGGCACCCAGGACUGCUUGAUCGCAUGCAACGUCCCGAGCGUCGGCCCCGGCUGCGUGACCAUGAACCAGAACUUCCUCGACGGCACCAACUGCCAGGGAGGAGGCACCUGUUCCAAUGGCCAGUGCGUGGGCUCCAACGCCGGCGACGAGAUCCUCGACUGGAUCAAGAACAACAAGCCCAUCUUCAUCCCCAUCGUCUGCGUCGUCGGUCUCCUCAUCCUCAUCGUCCUCUGCAGCUGCAUCUGCGGCGCUUGCCGCCGUAGCAGGAACCGCACCAGGGCCCGCAGGCUCAAGACCGUACAGCCGCCCAUGGGAGGUUGGAACAGCUACGGAGGCGCUUGGAACAACAACGCCAACGUCCCUCCGCCGCCGCCCGUGGCCACUCGGCCCGGAGCUCCUCCGCAAUACCAAUACCCACCUCAACAAAACGACUGGCAGAUGAAUAGGACGCAGAGCGCCAGGUACGCGUAA